AUGCCAAAGAUUAAGAGCUAUACGGCUCCAUGGCUGUCGCAAGGGCCUGGUCAGCGGUUAUUUGCUCCAUCUGCAGACGCUGCAUCACCCUACAACUCUAAAAAGCAGAACAUUCCUGGGUCCAAACGCACCAUCGCUCGUCGCGGCACUGAAGUCUUUGUCGCCGUCGGCAAAGAAUUGCGAUGGGGCGACCUGGCGUACUUGAAGGAGAAAUGGACUGCCAAACACCCUGGCGGACGCUCCGCCAGCAAGAUCAAGAGGGAGGGUUCAGAUGAUCUGCAGCCCUCAAUCGAGGAAGUCGCAGCAGCUGAGGGCUUUCGUACCAUCAAGACACCCGUCGCGAUGGACAUCCGACAGCUCAUCAUAUCGCCCGACUCGAACCACCUGGCCGUCUUGACCUCGCACACCAUCCACGUCUGCGCCUUGCCCGAUCCUUCGCAUUUGACAUCCGAUGACACAGGACCUCUCAAAACCAACUUUCGCAUGGUUGGCCCGACCACCCACGUUUCGACUGCGGCACCACUGGCCUCUGCCCUGUGGCACCCGUUGGGGGUCAAGAGCUCCUGCGUGGUGACGGUGACGACGGACGCCACCGUGCGGCUCUGGGAGCUUUCCGUUGAGAACCGAUGGUCCACCGACAAGCCUACCGUAUCUAUCGACCUGAAGAAGCUCGCAGACGGUCAAACACUGGACCAGGAUUUCACGGCGUCAACCUCUGCCGGCACAGCAUUUUCGCCCGAUAGUUAUGAGAUGGAGGUCGCCUCGGCAUGCUUCGCCGGGCGUGGAUCGGGCGGUUGGAGCCCAAUGACGCUCUGGGUUGCCAUGACUGAGGGAGACGUGUACGCGCUGUGCCCUCUGCUUCCCGAACGCUGGGCGCCGCCUCCUACUCUGAUCCCGUCGCUUUCCGUUUCGAUCGUCGCCAAGGUCGCCGCGAUAGAAGAUGACCCUGACGUUACGGAGCAUGCCAGGCUUCUAGCCCAACAGCAGCUCGAGUGGAUGGGUGAGAUUGACUCACAAGAGCCUCGCAUUAUCGAGGCGGGUAUCGCCGAACCUUCUGUGGAAAUCUACAAUCGGCCAUCAAAGCCAGGCGCUGUGCCCCGCCUGCAAGGUCCUUUUGAUCUCCUCGCCGACCCUGAAGGCGAUGACCUUGAUGGUCUCCUGACCGAUAUCCAUGUUAUUGGGAAGAAAAUCGAUACGGAGGAGCUCAUGAUGGGCCCAAUGGCUGCCCCCGAAGGCAAGAAAUCAAGGAUCAGUCGCCUCGCUCAGCUUGCCGAUCCCCCAUCCCUACUGACGUUCCAAUCGAUCGACACUAUGGGGCCGACCGAGGUCGCGGAAGACAGCUGGCCAAUGUUCUCUGCAGAUGUCACAUCGCGCUAUUCUUUCUUUAUUUCUCAUCACGCUGGUUUGACAUACAUCUCGUUGUCGCCCUGGGUGUUCCGCCUUGAGGGCGAGUUGCAGGGCGAUGUAGAGGCUGGGGCGGACUUUCGACUGGGACUCCUUGUCAACGGACAAAACUCGACCCGCGAAAGACUAUACACGCAGCCAUCUGCUGAUGUCUUGGUCCCACUUGCCGCUGCUGCCGCCAUUCGCGAUCCUGACCUGGGCUACUUCCUGUUGUCAGGAACGGCAUUCGAGCCCAUCGCCCUCACGUUUGAGACCCCUGAAGAAGACUUCAGUCCGGUUCGCCAGGAGACUCCUUCGCACGAGGAGAAAAUGGCAGACAUGCAACCCCUGGACUUUUACGAGCCCCGCCCAGCUUUCCAGCCUUCGCAUGCUUUUGGUCAACAGUCUGGCCUCCCAGAGCUUCUUUCCAUGCUGCGAAGCUCGCGUCAUCGCACGAUACUCAAUCAGGAGGUGCGGCUAUCGCCAGUGACGUUGCAGAUCUUGACGGAUGCCCACAGGGUACUCGGCGACGACACGCACAAGCUGGCUGUUGCCGUGGCAGAGCUUUUCCGACGUUGCAGCACCUUGCAACAGGAGCUGAAGGAUCAAAUUUACAAAGCCAACGAAGUCAAGGACAAGAUUGACAGGAUCUCGGGCAACGAUAAAGAGGGCGAGGGUAAGGGCGAGAGCGACGAGGCCAGAUUUGAGCGUCGUAUCGCCCGGGCACAGGACCGGCAACGCGAGCUUGGUGAACGCCUGGAACGCAUCAGGAAGCACGCAGGCAAAGUUGCAACACGUGAGCUCAGCACCAAAGAGAGGGCAUUGGUCGAGGAAGUCAAAAGUCUGGAGGCCAGUUUGUUGGGCUCAACGUCGCGGGAUGCACCAACUGCCAAGACGCAGUCGCAAAUGUCCAAGCGGGUGCAAGCUGUGCAACAACUGCGUGAGGAAUUGGUGGGUGAGGUGGCACGGAUACAAAAAGAGAGCGAGGUUGCCGAGGGCGCCAACGACAAAGAGGGUAAAGAGCUUUCGGCCUCACAGUCAGGCGAUCUCAGGAUACCUUCGGAGGUCCGGAAGGCCAAGUUAAGACAGGUUCGCGGACUUUUGGACCGCGAGACUGCCCUCGUGGAGGCGGUCACUGCGCGGUUGACUGCUUUGCAGAUGUAA